GUUUGAAAGUCCGCACUGCAUUUAGGAUAGACGCUUCCUUGACAAAGCACAUUCAAACGUUCAGAAGCCUACCAAAAUAAUACAGCUUUCCGACAACCCUUCUGCUCUGGAGACGCAGCUCAUCCGGAGGUCCCGGUUCGAGGAUGUGGACGACCACUAUAGCACGAUGCACCCUUUCGACCAUGCUCAAGCGAAGCUCCGUCUUGGCCUGCCGUGCCUUGACGGCUGGGGGUAGGCCUGGAUGGGCAGCCGCCAUCUCUCCAUCUCCUUCUCUUCACCUGACCUGGAGGCAGCUCCGUGGGCACGGGACCCAGGCACCUGCCCCGCUCCCCUCCACCGCCCUGGGGGACAGCCCUGGGGUGAGGCAGGUCCGGGCCCUGGAGCAGGAAAGGCUGCUGGAGGUGGAGUGGGAGGACAGCGUUCAGAGCCUGUACCCGUACACAUGGCUUAGGGACAACUGUCAAUGCCCGCUGUGUACCCUGCAGUCGGCCCAGGCCCGCAGCCUGCUGCUCUCCCAGCUGGACAUCCACACUGGGGUCGACCGGGUCCAGGUCACUGACAACAACAAGGUGUCCAUAGUGUGGCCGGACCAGCACACCAGCGAGUUUGACCCAGAAUGGCUGAGGAAACGGUGCUUCUCUCCUGCUGCCAGACAAGCCCUACAAGAGGAGCUCUUCCUAAACGAGCGUGUGUACUGGGACUCAGAGCUGCGGAUCCCCACGGCCAGCUUCGAGGAGGUCCUCCACGACGACAAGGCCGCCCUGGCCUGGCUGCUGGCUCUACGCCGCGUGGGCAUCGUCUACCUGAAGGGGGCGCCGGUGGAGCAGGGUCAGGUGGCCCGCCUCAGCCAGAGGAUCGGAUACCUCCGACUGACGUUCUACGGGCACACAUGGCAGGUGCAGGACAAACCCCAGGCUAACAACGUGGCCUACACCUCUGGCAAACUCUGUCUCCACACUGACUAUCCAGCACUGCACUACCCACCUGGAGUGCAGUUCCUGCAUUGCCUGUGCCAGGCUGGCGAGGGCGGGGAGAGUGAAGUGGUGGAUGGCUUCCACAUGGCAGAUCAACUGAGGAGAGAAGACCCCGAGGCCUUCAGGACCCUCACCUCCCUGCGGGUGGACUUCACAGACACAGGGUCCGACUACUGCGACUUCAUAGUGCAGUCCAAGAACCACAUCAUAGAUGUUGACAGUGAUGGGCGGGUGGUCCGGAUCAACUACAACAAUGCCACCAGGGACUCUGUGCUGGACCUCCCCCUGCACCAGGUCCAGGCCUUCUACAGCUCCCUCAAGGCCUAUGUCCAGCUGAUGACGCGACCAGAAAACGUGCUCACCUACAAGAUGGAGCCUGGCGACCUGGUUACCUUUGACAACUGGCGCCUGCUCCAUGGGCGGAAGAGCUAUCUGAGCCACCCAGACCGGGUGAGACACCUGGAGGGAGCCUACCUGGACUGGGACGAAGUCAUGUCUCGCCUGCGGAUACUCUGCAAGUCUGUCAAUGGAGAGAGCUAGACCCCCCCAAGCCCCCAGAGCCAAGCCUCCUCCAACUAUAUAGAACAGCAUCUAUCAACAGCAGGGCUUCUCCAACCCUGUUCCUGGAGGUUUUCACUCCAACCCUAAUCUAGUGCACCUGAUUCUAAUAAUUAGCUGGUUG